CGGAGGAGGAGGAGGAGGCGGCGCCAGGCCGGCGGACUCCACUUCCCGGCGUGCUCCGCGCCCCUUCUCCGGCUGAGGUGUUUCUUCUCGUCCCUUCGCGCCCGGGAGCCGCCGCCGCCGUCAUGCUGGAAGAGGCCGGCGAGGAAGUGCUGGGCUCGGUGCUGCUGAAGGCCUCGUGCCUGCCGCUCAGCUUCCUGCUGGUGCUGCCCGCCGUCCUGCUGUUGCUGCUGGGCCCGCCGCCGGCUUCGGCCGCCCACGAGUUCACCGUCUACCGCAUGCAGCAGUAUGAGCUCGGGGGCCAGCCCUACGGCACCCGGAACGCUGUGUUAAACACCGAGGCGCGCACCGUAGAGGCAGAUGUGCUAAGCCGCCGCUGUGUGAUGAUCCGGUUGAUGGACUUCUCCUAUGAACAGUAUCAGAAAGCUCUUCGCCAGUCGGCCGGCGCCGUGGUGAUCAUCCUGCCGCACAACAUGGCAUCGGUGCCUCAGGAUAUCAUCCGGCAAUUCAUGGAGAUUGAGCCGGAGAUGUUGGCCAUGGAGACCAUUGUGCCCGUCUACUUUGCCAAGGAAGACGAUGAGCUGCUCUCCAUCUAUGAGCAGACCCAGGCCGCUUCGACCUCGCAGGGCACGGCCUCGGCUGCCGAAGUUCUUUUGCACACUGCAACGGCCAAUGGCUUCCAGAUGGUGACCAGCGGAGCUCAGAGUAAAGCCGUCAACGAUUGGCUCAUCACAAGUAUAGAAGGGCGGCUGACAGGCCUGGGAGGAGAAGACCUGCCCACCAUUGUACUAGUUGCUCAUUACGACUCUUUUGGAGUUGCACCGUGGCUGUCACACGGGGCUGACUCCAAUGGCAGUGGGGUCGCGGUACUCUUAGAACUGGCCAGGUUGUUCUCCCGGCUCUACACGUACAAGAGGACCCACGCCGCGUACAACCUGCUGUUCUUUGCCUCCGGAGGCGGCAAGUUUAACUAUCAGGGGACGAAGAGGUGGCUGGAAGACAACCUGGACCACACAGAUUUCAGCCUGCUGCAAGAUAACGUGGCAUUUGUCCUCUGCCUGGACACGCUGGGUAGAGGCAACAGUCUUCACCUACACGUCUCAAAGCCUCCCAAAGAAGGGACCCUCCAGCACACCUUUCUGAAGGAGCUGGAACAGGUAAAGGGGGGAAAUGGGAUGCCUUUGGGAUGAGGGCUGAGGUAAUAG